AUGAGUGUUACACAACUCGAUGAUCCAUAUUUGGAAUCUAGCACGAAAGAAGAGACAAAUACAACAUCAGAUUCUGAAUCAGAUUCUAAAUCUAAUUCUAACAACAAAAUCAAGAUCAUUGUUCCAUGUGUUGUUUGUGGUGUUCUUAUUAUUGCUAUCAUUGUUAUUGUUACUAUUUUUAUCAUCAAGAAACGAAAAUCAAAUGAAGAUAAUGACUAUGGCAACAAUGCCGAAGAUCCUAAUAGGUCUAAUAAAUCAGCAAGAAAAGGUGAUAUUGAAACAGGUCUAGCACCCGAUUCAGCUGAUAACUUCUUAUCAGAUUAG